AUGGAAGGGGUUCCUCUACCGCCUGGAAUUCCAGGCUUAGGAGGGUCUACAGAUCCACUGGAGGCAGUUUUGGGGCCUUUCCCUUGUACUAGGCUCCGGAAUCUGCCGUUUGAUACCACAGUGGAAGAUCUUUUGGUGUUUUUCCAAGGGCUUGUGGUCAUAGACUUGAUUCUGAUUGGAUCCGGCGAAGCGUAUAUUGUAUUUGCCAAUCCAAUGGAUUUCCAAAUGGCGCUUCAGCGUGACCGGCAGACAAUUAGAAGAACAUACAUUGAAAUUUCGCCUGCAUCGAGAUCGGAUUACUAUGAUGCUGUGUCUCGGCAACACUGGCAAGAACAGCCACGAGAUGGAAUGCUUAUAUCGGGCGAAGGCAGAUCCGGGGACGAUGGCUCGCAACUGGGAUUGGAGGGUCUAUGGGGAGCAUCAGCAGCAUCUGCUCCUGUUCAAUCUUUAGCAGGGCAGCAAAUGCCGAAACUUGGUGGCAGUCGUGGAGGACCAUUGGGUCUCGCUGUAAGCGGUGGCAGUCGUGGAGGACCGGGACGAGGAGUUGGAGGGAAUGCUCCCCCUAGGAGAACCGGAGGAGGCAUCCAGAUUGGUGAACAUACUGGUUUCCUGCGCAUGAGGGGCCUUCCAUUUAGUGCGACCAAAGAUGAUAUUGCAAAAUUCUUUGCAAUCUACAACCCUGUGCUGGACAGUAUUGUAUUGACUUAUCGGAGUGACGGUAGAGCUACUGGUGAAGCUUAUGUUGCGUUUGAGUCACCGGAUGCAUCGAGAAAUGCCAUGGAUCUUCACAGGAAAUCUAUGGGUAGCAGAUACAUUGAGUUGUUUUUGAGUAAUAAGGAGGAACACGGGCGAGCCUUGGCGCGUUUUGGCAAUCGCUAA